AUGGCAAGCGCGAACAACGAACUGCUCGAAAUACCGCUGUUUCCGCUGAAUUUGGUGUUGUUUCCGGGUAUGCCGCUGCCGUUGCAUAUCUUCGAAGAACGCUACAAAGCCAUGAUCGGCGACUGCAUGCGCUACAACACGCCGUUCGGUGUACCGCUCAUUCGGGCGGGGCAGGAAGUGGGCUCCCCCGCAGACCCGCAGCGCAUAGGCACGACGACGCGGGUGCUCCGUUCCCAGCUGCUGGAAGAAGGGCGGAUGAAUAUCAUCACAAAGGGUGACCGCCGCUUCGAGAUCAUCGAGGUCACCCAGCAGGAACCGCAUGUGGCCGCCCUGGUCAGGCUGCUGGAUGAGCCGGUGGGAGAGGGAUUCACGGGAGUGUCGUCGGAACUGACCGAGGAAUUCUCCAAGCUGAUGCGGAACCUGAUAUCGCUCACCGGCGGAUACACCUCGCAGGUGGAAAUUCCCGAGGAUCCAGUGGAAUUGUCCUAUACGAUCGCGGCCAACUUGGACGCGCCGAUUCCGGUGAGGCAGGAACUGCUGGAGGUUCCCACCGCAGCCGACCGGUUGAACCGGCUGGUUCCCCUGCUCAAGCGCCGCAACCACGCCCUUGAGGAAGAGAUCGCCCGCCAGAACCCCUUCAAAGGGCCCCGGCUGAACUAG